UUCUGUCGGCCAUUUUGGCUCGUUUGAUGAUACACGAGGUUUACGCCGAAGGAAAAUUCCUUUUUAUUUUGGUAUUAGAAAGGUUUCCUUUAACAAAACGGCUUCAAAAUGCCAAGUUCACAACCUCUUCCAUCAAAAGAGAACAGCUUGUUCAAGCGCAUUUUGAAAUGUUACGAACACAAGCAGUACAAAAUUGGUUUAAAGUACUCCAAGCAGAUAUUGGGCAACCCCAAAUUUUCAGAGCAUGGAGAAACACUUGCUAUGAAGGGGUUGACAUUGAAUUGUUUGGGUCGAAAGGAAGAAGCUUAUGAUCUUGUUAGAAGAGGCCUUAGAAAUGACUUGAAGAGCCAUGUCUGUUGGCAUGUCUAUGGAUUGCUUCAGAGGUCUGACCGCAAGUAUGAUGACGCUAUCAAGUGCUACAGGAAUGCCCUGAAGUGGGACAAGGAUAAUCUUCAGAUUCUGCGAGACCUGUCUUUGCUACAAAUCCAGAUGAGGGACUUGGAAGGUUACAGAGAUACUAGGUACCAGUUACUACAAUUGAGACCAGUUCAAAGGGCCUCUUGGAUUGGCUAUGCAAUUGCCCAUCAUUUGCUCAAGGAGUAUACGCAGUCAUUAAAUAUAUUGGAAGAAUACAGAAAAACACAGACGGUGAAGCAGUACGACUAUGAACAUAGUGAAUUCUUACUCUAUCAGAAUGAUGUAAUGAAGGAUGCUGGGAAGUUGCAGGAUGCCCUCAAACACCUGGACCAGUAUGAGGAUCAAAUCAAUGAUAAACUUUCUGUUCAGGAAACUAGAGGUGAGAUAUGUUUAAAGCUUGGUAGGAUAGAAGAAGCAUCAAGCAUUUAUGAAGGUCUAAUAGAAAGGAACCCAGAGAACAAGAUGUACUUGGAGGCAUAUGCCACUGCCUGUCAAUGUCAUACUGAUGACGAGAAAGCAGCGAUCUUCAAACCAUUCUUAGAAAAAUAUCCCCGAGCGUCGGUCCCGAAGCAUGUGAUGAUGAAAGUAGCACAUGGUGAGGAAUUUGAAGCCCUCGUUGAUGUAUACCUUCAGAAAGCUUUAGUGAAAGGCGUUGCUCCGGCCAUGACCAAUAUCAAAGGAUUAUAUAAUGACAAGGUAAAGGCAGUUACGAUAGAGAGGCUUCUUAUGGACCAUGUUAAUGCACUGCAGACCACAGGGACCCUAUAUGGCCAUGAGCUAAAUGAUGAAGGAGGAAUGCCAUCGAUGUUGAUGUGGGGCUGGUACUACUUGGCUGUUCACCAUGACACAAUUGGGAAUUCAGUGAAGGCUUUAGAGUACAUUGAUAAAGCCAUAGAGCACACCCCAGUCCAUAUAGAAUUAUAUGUUGCCAAGGCAAAAAUUUACAAGCAUGCAGGGGAUAUAGUCAAGGCCAUUGAGUGUAUGGAUGAAGCACAAUCAUUGGAUACAGCUGACCGCUUUAUCAACUCAAAAUGCGCUAAGUACAUGCUGAAGGGAAACAUGGUUAAAGAGGCUGAAGAAAUGUGUAGUAAAUUUACAAGGGAGAGUGUAGCAGCAAUGGAGAAUCUGAAUGAAAUGCAAUGUAUGUGGUUCCAAACUGAAUGUGCAACUAGCUACCAACGUCAGGGAAAGUACGGUGAAGCCCUCAAGAAAUGCUAUGAAGUCGACAGACAUUUCUGUGAAAUUAACGAAGAUCAGUUUGACUUUCAUACGUACUGUUUACGCAAGAUGACGCUGAGGGCAUACGUGAGUCUGCUCCGGCUAGAGGACAUUAUCCGUCAUCAUAGAUUCUAUUUUAAGGCAGCUAAGGUAGCAAUAGAGGUUUAUGUUCAUCUUCAUGAUAAACCAAUCCAAGAUAGCGAUGGAUUAGAUGAGUUGGAUACUGAGAACCUUAGUCCAAAAGAACUGAAGAAAUUAAAAAGCAAGCAGAGACGAGCUCAAAAGAAAGCACAAGAAAAGGAAGAACAAAAAAUAAAGGCUGACAAUAAACAGAAGAACAAAGAUUCUGAGAGUGAGGGACCCAAGGAAGAGGAGCUCGUCCCUGAUAAAUUAGCUAAAUGUGAAAAUCCUCUCAAAGAAGCAAUUUACUUCUUGAAGCCUUUGCAAAAUUUAGCAAAGGAUCGGAUAGAAACUCACCUUUUGGCGUUUGAAAUUUAUUAUAGGAAAGACAAGGUGCUGCUGAUGUUGCAGUCAAUCAAGAGAGCCUACUCAUUAGACCCAACUAACCCACAGCUCCAUGUGUGCAUCAUUCAAUUUGCCAGGCUAUUGGAGGAAAAACAGAAUCUAGCAGAUGCAAUUCAAACAGUAUUAUCUGAAGAAAUGCAGAAAAUAUUAAAAGGAAAGAAACUCAAAGAGUAUAAUGAUGAUUUUCUCGCAGCUUACAAAACUUCUCUAGAACAUCUACUUGCAGGUUCCAAGAUGCAAGUAUUGUUAGAUCCUUCAACACAGGAGGCAGCUAUAUCACAAGUAACUAAAUUGGAUGACACCAUGCAGAACAGAACACAUCAGAUGUGCGCAACAAUUCUAGAAGCAAUUAUGAAUGAUUUCAAAAACCCGCAUGCAGCUAACGUAUACCGAAAGAAAUGCCGUCAACUAUUCCCCAUAUCACCGUCAUUCCUAAGUGAAGAAGAAAGAAGCAAAAUAGUGUCUUUAAAGACAAAUGGAAGUGCUGAGGCUGUAAAUAAAGAGCAGUCGCUCUUGGAUACCAAGUGCAACUCGACUGGUGACGCUGGAAAUGAACUAAUUUCUGACACCACAUGAUGGGACAGAUGGCAGUGUUGGUGUUCAUUGACACCUUAUGGCUGAUGAUGGUCAAAUUCGCAUGGUUAGUGUUGUUGGAUUCAACCACUCAUGCAGUGGUCUGCUGGAUUAUGCAAUGUAGGGUUUUUCUCGUAGUGAACUGAAGAACCUAGCCAAUCGGUUGCCAGAUGGAGCAUCUGAUUAUAAAAUAAUCUGCUUAUUGCGCAACUUAAUUGAUUUAUUGUAUCCCAACGAACAGAAUUAUCAACGAGUGCAAUGUGGAGGAGGAGGAGCAUGUCAUUAUGUUCUGCUUGUUACUUUGAAUGUGUUUAUUCAAAAGAUUGGUAAAUAAUACUGAAUUAGAUUCUUAAUAAACUUGGUGCAAAUUUGAAUGCGGUUAACAUAUGUUUCGCAUUACUACUGUUAUACUUGCCUCUAUGAGGAAUGCAUUAUAAUCAUAUAUCAAGUAAUUAUUAAUUCUAAUCUUAACGUAACACUCACAAAUAUACAUGUACUGUAAGAUGAGAUAAUAGAGGGCGCUCUACUUUGCAUGUGAGGGCUUACAUUCCAUAGAAUAAUCUCUCAAGUUGCAUUCUAUUUAUAGCUGCAAGCAUUUCUCCAAUCAAUAUAUUCCUUGGCUUUUGUCAAAAAAAAUGUAAAAUUAUAUUUGAAUUUUUAUAAAAAGCUUUUUUUAAUUUUUGACAAAGUGAAAUUAUAUUGUUACAAACAUAAAUGUAUUGUUUAAAGCUGGAAAAACAAUGGGACAUAAACCAGAAUUUUGUUGGGUGUCAGAAAAUUAAAAUGAAAACUUUUUCCAUUAAAAUUUAAAAGAUGAAAGCAAAAUUAAAUAUUUGUAUUCAAAAUUGUAACGUUCAGAUGUGAUUACUGAAGUUUAAUGGUAUGCAUAUAUCAUCCUGUUUGCACCACAUAUUCUUAUGUCAGCAUUUGGGAAUUGCCCAAAACACUUAAUAGAGUUUUUAAAAAAAACAAGGAAAUGACAUGAAUUUUUUCCAGACGCAAGCCGUACAAUGUUUAACCUUGCCCAAAACACUUAAUAGAUUUUUUUUUAAAAAAACAAGGAAAUGACAUCAAUUUUUUCCAGACACAAGCCGUACAAUAUUUAACCAAGUAAGCCACUGUUCUCACCUUUUAAAUGCAAACACAUUGGUGAGAAUUGAACGGCAAAUAUAGUUGUAAAUUGAAAUUGUAAAUUAUGUGGAACAAAGUCCCUUGUUCAAUUCCCAUGUUAAUACUGCGAUAAGGGAAGUAAUAACUCAUGAGAAGUGAAAACAAAAAUAAUUCCAUACAUCGGAGCUUGUAUAAAGGGUGCAAAUUUAUAUGAGCUGGUAAGACUGAAGCCUUCAACAUUAAAUUUAGUCCAUUAUUAGGACAACUGAAAGUUGGCUGAGGUGGCUGAACGUUGAAAACAAAUGUUGAAUUAUUGUUGAAAACCAGAAUGACUGCUUCACAUAUUGGAUAGUUUGGUGUGCAUAGUAUUGAUUAGGUGUUUCUUAAUAAAGAAACAAAUGUUCUAGGAACAUACCCAGUGUGAGGAAUAGUCACGAUAACACAAGGGUGUUAAAUAUUGAUUGAUUUAAGAAAUAUAAAACUUUUUUUACAAUGUUUGCUUAAAAAGGAAUAAGCUUAAUUUUAAAGAGUGUAUCCUGGUAUACUCCAUAAGGAGAAAAGAGUGGUACAGCAUUUGGCCAUUUACGGAUGCAAAGACUAGGAGUGGCAAAUAACGUUGCAAGUGCUUUCAUGCUAUCUUUUUAUAGGUCAAGGUGCUAUAAAAUUACCGCAUAUUAUUACUCUUAUAAACCUGGUUCACAUCAAAUGGAAUAUAAGGGAAUCUAGAGAAAGUGUUCACAUUGAACUAUGUUCAGCUAUCAAGAUUAACUGUGAGGCAUGUGACUAAACCUGAACUGGAAUAGAGAAUGUUUAUUUGUUUGGUUUAUAUGUGACUGAAUUCCAGGCUUGCUUGGAUUCAUCUAUAUGGAUCAUUUUCAUCUGGAUAUAGUUAAUCGGACUAUAUAAAUCCAGUUAACUGGAUAACUUUUGAUGUGAACCGGGCUUUUAUCAGCAAUAGACGUUUACAUCGUUGUUAACACUAUGAAAAAAAACCCCAAACAAUAUAAUUAAUAAUGCUUCAUGGAAACAAAAUAUUUAUGGCUUGCAGUUGCUAUACUUGUUUGUGUAGUAUAGAUUAGGAUAGUGCUUGACAACAACUGCAUGCCAUAACAAUAUUUUUAUGAAAACUUGCAGGUUACUUCCUGCUUCUUCAUCUUGUGAGUGUUGAAAUGUCAGAGGUCGAGUAUACAGUAUCACAGGAUGUCUCGGGUAGUAUCUAGUGGGUGCCAAAAAUCACACUCAAGUAGGUAAAAAUCGGCCCCCAGAAGGAGCGUUUAAGUCGUGGCCUAUGUCAGUUAUCCAUCCUACCUGCAAAUCCUUCUACCACACUACGUAAGCAAGAUUAUACACACUUGCUACGUAUUGAUUUUUUUGGAAGUCAGCUCCCCUCCCCUAUUUCAUUGAGUUCCCCCUCCCCUAUUUCAUUGAGUUCCCCCCCCCAUCUUAUCGUUGAGCCACCCCACAUGACUUUUGCACUCCACCAUCAGCACCAAUGUCGAGACUCCUAGAUGCGCUACUGCCCAGAAACUAACCAAUCAUCAAUUUCAUAAUAUUUGCUUGUUUUAAGUUGUCUCUGAAGUUAGCUGACUUUAAAAUCUCAUUAGACCACAUCUACAGUGGCAGUGUAUCUAGAAAUCUCAAAAUAAAAAGGCUGGUGGGGGAGGGGGAGGGGGAGAUGAGUUUUAACUACUUGAGAUGACCUUUUUAGUUUGGACACUUGCAAUGUGGAAUGUGCACCCCCUCCCCCACACCCUAAGUAUGCCACUAGAGAUUUAUUCUAACAGCUUGGUACAUAUGCUAUGUGGUAUUUUUUAAUCAAAAAUGUGGUAUUUAAUUGCUAUUAUUUAUUGUCUCAUGCAUAUUCAUGACUUUGUAUUUCUUCUUUUAUUACUUUUUAUUUUUUCUAAUUUUUAAAACAAUUUUGAACAGUGCAUCUAAUGGUUUGAACUUUCAGAUGAUGUUAUAUGAAGUGGCUUGAAUGUAAGUCAAUUGGCAUUCUACUCCACAUACUUAUGUGUUGCUCCUCAAAUGUUCAGAUAAACAAAUAAAAUCCAUCGUUCUUAGGAAAACUUCAA